GAACGAUGGUCGACGGUGUAAGUGUGGGUGCGCGCUGGGCAGCGCUGCAUGCAUCAAUGGAAGCGCUUCUCGACGGCAACGAUACGCUGCCGCCUGCGCUGCGCUGCUUUGUCAAUGAGAUGGACACGCUCGUGACCGACGUGGUCACGACGGCAGAGGCACAACGGCAGCGCGACGACGAGCUGCGCCAGCGCGAGACGCAUAUCGAGACGCAGCUCUCACUGCUCGCACACCUCACGGGCAAGCGCUGCGCGUGCAGCGACGUUCCGGACGAGCCCACUGCGUCGACCACAAUCGUCACCCUCAACGUCGGCGGCACGCUGUUUAUGACCGCGCGCGAGACGCUACUACGCAUUCCUGGCAGCUACUUUGACGCGAUGCUCUCAAGUGACCACUGGCGCCCCAACGCCAAAGACAACGAACCUCGGUAG